CCCAAUCUCGCUAACUAUCCUACUUCUCCCAGACAUUGUCCAAUCAUAUCCUCCAUCUUCAACCCACGUCACUAGUGACCUUGAAUAUCGUUGUUCAGCAUUUGAUCACCCUUACAUGAGUUUGACCUUCUUCUGUGUACUUGGUACUUGAUAUACAAGAGGAAUUUCUCGAGACUUGAUAAGUUGCAAAGUGUCGAAUUUGUCGUUGGGAAAGAUAUAUCAACAGCAAGUCUGCAUUUAUACCCACUGCUCCUCAUGGCGAACGUCGAGUCUUCCAGGUCUAGAAAGUCGAGUCCUUCGAAUCGAAGGACAAACAAGAUCAAUGAUCAACAGGUACGAAUCCUACGUCCUGGAUGAACAAAUCAUUGAGAUAUUGUUGUUGCAUAGCAAUGAAUUACUAACGUGAAACUCCAAAGCAGACUCCUAUAACCAGCAAACCCAACCCCUCAAAAGCUAAAAAGCCAAAAGCAGAGCCACCAUGCACAGAGUUUCGUUUCGUCAACCAGCUUGGAACGAGGGAUCAGGAUGAAGAGGCCAAAAGCGAAGUCAAAUCACAUGUGAUGCGCCGAGUCUGGAAGAAACACAAGGACUCACAAGCAAAAUGGAUCAAACGCCUCCCACCACUACGAUCAAAAGAACCAGCAACGCCAAAUAGCGACAUAGGAUCAGAAACAUCGUCUUUUGGAUCUCCGGAGCCGCAAUCCCGAAACAGUGUUUUCUCAAGCCACCAUCUCACGCCACGGAGCUCCGUCACGCCCUCUCCUUCGGCAGACGGUACCGAGCCGUUACUCAGCACCCAGACAGGAGACUCGGUUGACCACUCGAUCAUUCCGAUUCCGUCGGGCUACGCCCAUGUCUCGCCUCGGCUGGCUGCAUAUGUCUUCGGAAGCGACUCCGAUCCGUUCGGCACUUUUCCCAUUCCCGUGAUGCCAAGGGUACAUGAAAUUAUUCAUCAGGUUCCUCAAGCUAAAGUGCGCACUUCUUCGUAUGAGGACGACCUAAAUACCUUCUCGUCGUGUGUUGGGACCAAUGCAGCUCUACUUUACAUCACCCUGUCAUGGCUCGCAGCCCGAAGGGGAGGCUCGUCCUCUCCUGAAAAUUUUGAAAGCUCUUUUUACUUGCAGAGCUCAGUGUCUGCAGUAAAUCAGGAGUUGGAAAAUGCUGACGAGUAUGGGAUAUCGGAGGGCACAAUCGCUGCAGUUGCUUGCAUGACUAACAUGGAAAACUUGAAUGGAGAAAGAUGCAAAGCAGUGAUACAUAUGAACGGACUGGAGCAGAUGGUCAACCUCAAAGGAGGACUUUACAACCUGAGCGCUGCACUUCGUCGGCUUAUCCUAUGGACCGAUCUCCUAUACGCCACAAGCUGGCAAUCCACCCCACGAUUCCCUUACAUCGACUUCUCCCACCUCCCACCACUGUCCACAUUCCUCCCUUCAUCCAUCUCAAGCCCAAUCUUAACCUUCAACAACUGCCUCAUCCAUAACCUCAUCCAAACCGGCAACGGAACUCUCCUCCCCAUCCUCCAAGACGCCCACGAACUCACCCACUUCCUCGACAUCAUCCCCCCAAAAGACAUCACCUACCUCAAUGAAGCAUCCUACCCAGACAGAGUCUACAGCAUCGAGCACCACAUCCUCGAACUCCUCGCCCAAAACGACAUCGUAAUGGACGACUCGCCAGCACGUAUCGUCACACCCCUCUUACACAGUCUCCUCCUCUACACCUACACCAAUCUGCGACUCACUCCCACUGGCGGUCAGAUCCGACGGACGCUCGUAGGGCGUCUCCGCGCGAGUCUCGAGGCGACGGAACUCACGAUUCUGAAUUGCUCGUUUGCGGCUGAGUUGAUGUGGAUGUUGGGUCUUGGAGGGACGGCUGCUGUCCUAGGGAGCGAGGAUAGGAAGUGGUUUAAGGAGCAGUUGUGGUGGGUGUUGAAUCGGAAUUCGGCGCUGGAGUGGAGUUGGGAGCAGAUGGGUGGGGUGUGGAGGGGGGUGCUUUGGGUGGAGAGGGGGUUUUUGGAGGGGUGUAGGGAGUUUUGGGUGGAGGCUUUGGAGUUGGAGUGGGUUGCUGAUUUAUAGGAGCUGUGAUGCGGGAUGGGAGUUGGGAGUUUGGGGGAUAGUGAAUCGAGUGUUGUAGAUAUCCUUUGAGUUUAAGUUGGUAGGAUGACGUACAUAGAGAUGAUAUCUAGACAAGAGAACAGACCAAAGUAGAACCAGGAAUCCUGAUUAAGACAGAGAAAGGACCUUUCAGGCGAGAUAUACUGCAGUUGGUGCUCAUUUAUCCAAUGAUCAUUCGUCCGAGUCCUUGGUCGAAGCUGGUG